UCUUACGAUACGAUACAAUACAAUACAAUACAAAUACAGUAGUAAUAGCAGUAUAAGUUGAGACUGAAGGAGUAUCCACCAGCAGCAGCAGGAGGAGGAGAAGGAGGUCCAAAGCGUAAUUAAAUCCCCCAUUCCCCCGGCCCGGCCCGCCACGCCACCCAUAUUCUCUUUUUAAUUCCCCCGCCUUCCAUAUAACCGCCUCUCCUCCUCCUCCUCCUCAUCAUAACUUUAACUUGUUGUUGUAGCUAAUUUUGUGAAGAUCCGAUCCGAUCCUAUCCUAUCCUAUCCUGCCCAGAAUUAAGGUGAUGAUGAAGAGCGGCGCCGAAUUAACACGUUCCAUCUUUCUCAUCUCUGCCAUUUUCGCAGCUUCCAUUGCCGUCGUUUCACUUCUCGGAUAUUUCUCCCAUAAAGCUAAUGGAUCCCAAACCCAACUCAAUAUACCAAGUUUCCAAUUUCUCUCUGCUCCACAUGAUUCCAAAGCUGCACCUGCUGCUGCUUCGCAAUUCUCCUCCAAAUUCAUGCCCACCGCCCGUAGGAGAACAGAUAAUAAACUGCUGGAGCAGGGAUUAGCUCGAGCAAGAGCAGCAAUUAGGAAAGCAGCUACCAACCGAAGCAUAUCAGUGAUAGGAAGUAAUGGCAUUUUAUCGUGGUCGGCAAUAUAUGGCAACCCCGGCGAAUUUCUUCAGAGUUACAGGGAAAUGGAAAGAAAUUUCAAAGUUUAUGUAUAUCAAGAAGGGGAACCACCAAUAGUGCAUGAUGGGCCAUGCAAAGACAUCUAUAGUAGUGAAGGAAGGUUCAUACAUGAGAUGGAGCAUGGAAAUACUAGGUUUAAGACAACCAAUGCACAAUACGCUCACGUUUACUUCAUGCCAUAUAGCAUAACAUGGAUGGUCAAGUAUCUCUUAACCCCCCAUGUGUAUAAUGUUACCAGACUCCAGGAAUUGGUAUCCGAUUAUGUACAGCUCAUCUCCACAAAACAUCCCUUCUGGAAUAGAACUCAAGGGGCUGACCACUUCAUGCUUUCUUGUCACGACUGGGGACCUCAUGCAACACAAGGAAACGCGUUCCUGUACAACACUUCCAUCCGUGUCUUGUGCAAUGCUAAUUCCUCAGAAGGAUUCAACCCACAGAAGGAUGUUAGCCUGCCAGAGAUACAUCUUUACGGCGGCGUUGUAAACCCCAAGCUGGCCUCUCCUCCGCCGCCGUCCAAUAUGUCCUCCAGGCCCUACCUGGCGUUCUUCUCCGGUGGGAUGCACGGCCCCAUCAGGCCAAUCCUUCUCCAGUACUGGAAGGGAAAAGACCCCGACAUCCGGGUUUAUGAAUACGACCUGCCCGCGGGCGAGGAUUACUAUAACUGGAUGCUGCGGUCCAAGUUCUGUUUGUGCCCGAGCGGAUACGAAGUGGCCAGCCCCAGAAUUGUGGAGGCAGUCUAUGCGGAGUGCGUCCCCGUGGUGCUGUCAAGCCACUACGUGCUGCCGUUCAGCGACGUGCUGCGGUGGGAGGCAUUCUCGCUGCGGGUUGAUGUGUGGGAUAUCCCGCGGCUGAGGGAGAUACUGGUGGCGGUGUCGGAGGACGAGUACCUGAGGCUGAGAGAAGGCUUGAGAGCGGUGAGGCGGCAUUUUGUUCUGAACCAGCCGGCCAAGAGAUUUGACAUGUUUCACAUGAUUUUGCACUCGGUGUGGCUUAGACGAUUGAAUCUCAAUCUCAACGCCAACGCCAAUGCUUGAUUGAUUGAUUAUAAUAUUGAGAUACCCACCCCCUACACAGCACGCGUGCACGUGCGUACAUACAUGGAUCGACGAAAUUAAGAAAGAAAUCAAGUUUCGCACUCUGUACAAUUGGUACGUACGUGAGAGAACUGAAGCAGUAGUUUCGUCCCCUCUGCUGUACGGAUGGGCGGUAAGCAUGGUGAACUCGUGACAGCCAAGUCAUGGUUCAAUCCCAUCCCCGCUUCCAAAUCUUAUCUAGAGAAAUUAGACGAGCGAGUCAAAUACAGAGACAUGCAAAAAUUUAAAGAAAGCAUUAAUGGUGGAACGGACGAGCUGUGCAGUAAUUUAAAGAAAGCAGUAACGGUGGAAUAGAAUGGGCGAUGAUGAAUGGUGAACGUAUGAUGAAGUAUAACAAUGGAACAUGUAUUCAUACUC